GAUAAAACUGGUAUAAAAUUUGGCUUUUCUGACUGUCAAAAAUAUUGUUGUUAACUGCUGCUGCAAGUCAUCAUCAAGAUUCUUUAUUCAUUAUUUUAAAAGUCACGGAAAUAAUGGCUGAAGUUGAACUAUUCGUAGCGGAAAAGGAUGAGGCUGACGUCCGGCCUAUGAAAGACACGGCUCUGGAUGAGUUGGAUAUGGAGGAUUUAUACACAAAAUAUAAGAAAUUACAAAAAAUGCUGGAGUUCUUGGAAGUUCAAGAGGAGUACAUCAAGGACGAGCAGCGCAAUCUUAAGAAGGAAUACCUUCACGCUCAGGAAGAGGUAAAGCGUAUUCAGUCGGUUCCGUUGGUCAUUGGCCAAUUCUUGGAGGCGGUUGAUCAAAACAACGGCAUUGUCGGCUCGACAACCGGGUCGAACUACUUUGUUCGAAUUUUGUCUACUAUUGAUCGAGAACUGUUGAAACCUUCUGCUAGUGUGGCACUGCACAAGCACAGCAAUGCCCUUGUGGAUGUGCUGCCGCCGGAAGCUGACAGUUCAAUUUCUAUGCUGCAAGCUGACGAGAAACCGGAAGUUCAGUAUUCGGACAUAGGAGGUAUGGACAUGCAGAAACAAGAAAUUCGAGAGGCCGUUGAACUGCCGCUGACCCACUUUGAGUUGUACAAGCAAAUCGGUAUCGAUCCCCCGAGGGGUGUUCUUAUGUACGGACCACCAGGUUGCGGAAAAACUAUGCUGGCUAAGGCUGUGGCGCAUCAUACAACAGCAGCUUUUAUAAGAGUUGUCGGUUCCGAGUUCGUUCAGAAAUAUCUUGGCGAAGGACCUCGUAUGGUGCGCGAUGUAUUCCGUUUGGCGAAAGAGAACUCUCCGGCUAUCAUUUUUAUUGAUGAAAUCGAUGCCAUUGCCACCAAGAGAUUUGAUGCCCAAACGGGCGCUGAUAGGGAAGUACAACGUAUCCUGCUGGAGCUAUUGAACCAAAUGGACGGUUUUGAUCAAACUACAAACGUCAAGGUCAUAAUGGCUACUAAUCGUGCUGAUACCCUGGACCCCGCUCUGUUGCGUCCUGGGCGUUUGGACAGAAAAAUCGAAUUUCCUCUACCGGAUCGUCGUCAAAAACGAUUGAUUUUCUCUACCAUCACUGCAAAGAUGAACCUAUCCGAGGACGUUGAUUUGGAAGACUACGUUGCUCGACCUGACAAAAUAUCUGGUGCUGACAUAAAUGCUAUUUGUCAGGAAGCUGGCAUGCAUGCUGUGCGCGAAAAUAGAUACAUCGUGUUGGCUAAAGAUUUCGAGAAGGGUUAUAAGAAUAACAUAAAGAAGGAUGAAACUGAACACGAGUUCUACAAGUAACUUUCUCGGUGUUUUGAAGUAACUUAAUCAUUACAAACAAUUGGAAUUUCUAUGCA